AUGUACUUUACUCUUAUCCCUGCUAUUUUUCCCUGCCACCACCCACUGGGAAUGGAGGGCAAAGACAUCUUCUCCGUUCCCACAAACGACUUGCCAUGCCCCUCGCCUGUAGUGAAGAUUACGCAGGACAUUGAUGAUAAUGAUUUACAGUUUCGGUGCCAGGCGACUUGGGAGGAAGAGAGUAGUAUCUUCUGGGUCCUACCAGAUAACACUACUAUUGUGUUGCCGGGUUUAGGUGAGAAUGAAAGAAACGCCAACCUCAUGACUUCUCAGCACUUCAACAUUUCAGUCCAACACGACAAAAGUGCUUGUGGAUGGACAUGGGAGACGCCGUCCCAUGUAAUAACUACAAAUUGCUCACACAAACAGACAGCUCCAAACUAUGGUGUAAGGACGGUGUCUGUGUUAGCUGUAGAUGUAGAACUUGCCGGACAGUGGCAAGGGAGAUCUAUCCGAUGCGGUGUAAAGUCGUCCGCUGGCACUUAUUCCACUCGAAUACUAGUACUUGUCCCAGACAAUUUCAGUGCGCUGCAUGUGGUACACAAACUGGCCACCUCUGAGAGAAGUAGCACGAGUACGCCCACUCAUUCAACAGUCGUCAACACUAAAGCCCCCACACACCCCAUCAUAGUAUUUCUUCCUACGAGAGUUAAGACAUAUCUGAAUGUUAACUGGUACGUGAUUGUUCCCCUCUGUACAGUACCCAUUCUUGUCCUUUUCGCAGUCUGCAUCGCUCUACGGAAUAAACAGAAUAUCUAUAGGGAGGAACAUGCGAUGGUCGAACUGCGAAGUAACAACCAACCGGGUAAUGCCUCCGAAAAUGUACCCGAAAAUAUGGCUGACGGAGCUACCGCCGAAAGCACUGCAAUUGACCCAUAUUACUCAACGAUAAAGGAUGAAGACCUUGAUGAAACUGUUAGCCCGUACGGGAUAGCCAAGGCAGGUGCCCAGUACGGCCGUGGGAAGAAAAGGUCGCGUAUUGUUAGAGAGAACGCUGCCGCCGGUGUUUCGAAGGAUCAAUAG